AUGGUACGCACUGACACACCACAAUGGAAGGGUGACGUGUCCAUCGCUGAUGACCCCGACCAGCGAGUCUUCUAUGUGACCAUGAGGAACCUAAAGGAGGAGGACUCUGGCUGGUACUGGUGUGGAGUGGAGAUUAACGGUGCUGUGGAUGAUGGUGCUUCUCUCUACUUAACAGUAACUCCAGCUUAUCUAGGUGUGAAGACUGAGAGCUGGAUAUCAGCAUUGAGGGGAGAGUCUGUCACUAUCCCAUGUGUCUAUGAAAUGAGAUAUAAACACCAUGUGAAAUACUGGUGUAAAGGAUUUAGAUGGGAAUCUUGUAGCACCAUGGUACGCAGUGACUCACCACAGAGAAAAGGUGACAUGUCCAUCACUUAUGACCCCGACCAGCUGGUCUUCGCUGUGACCAUUAUGAACGUACAGGAGAAGGAUGCUGGCACUUACUGGUGUGGAGUGGAGAUUAACGGUGCUGUGGAGGACAGCACAUCUCUACACUUAACAGGAAGAAGACAGUUUUUACUGCAGCUGGUAGAAAAGCACCGCUGUGACUGUCGAGACCCCAGGAAGUGCUCCUCUGCUGUCCCACAGAAAACCACUGCAAAGACAGUCAUCGAAACUAAAGUAACUACACUCUCAGUUAAACAAACGACAGAAAGUUUGAUUCCAGCUGAUGAAAAGAGAACAGGUUGGACUUCAACUACAAACUAUCAGGGAGGCUUGACCGUUACCGUGUUUCCUCCUGUUUCCACACUCAGUGUCACUGAGGACAAAUCAAAUACGACGACUUUACAGCAGGGGACCUGGAGUUCACACACACUGCCGAUCUCCGUGGUGAUGCUGGGAAUUCUGCUGAUUCUGUUGUCCGUUGUCAUGGUUACCUGGAUUUUGCGAAAAAGACACAAGGAAACGGAGAGCAGCAACAGAGAGACAGACAUCAGGUUUACUGUCACUUCGACUGUAGACAACGAAGAUGAAGUGACUUACAGCACUUUGGUUCACAAGAAACCGGCAGCAACAAGCAAAGUACAUAAGCCCGCUGUGGACCCCAGUACUGAAGUUCUAUACAGCAGCGUAGCUCGACAGGACACCCAGAGCUCCGCAUCCAGAGCUGAUGAGGUCGUCUACAGUUCUGUCAUAACGAAGAAGAAAAAGAACUCCAAGGACCCUGGAGAUGGACAGAUGCUGGAUGGAAAUCAAUUCUCCUAUUUUGUUGGUUAAUCUUAUACAGUAUUUCAACAGCUCCUUUGGAAUUUUAUGCUAAAGAAGUCAUGGCUGUCAAGUGACCAGUACAAUAAACAGUCCCUUCCACAACGGAGGCUCCAAAAUAUAUGUUUUAUAAACUAA